AUGCUCCGCUCAUACGCAAAGUCGAAUCAAAGUGCAUGGGUUGAUUACCUACCUACGAUUGAGUUUGCUAUCAACUCAUCACCCGCCGCCUCCACAAAGAUGGCACCCUUCGAGGUUUGCAACGGCCGGAUUCCAAGACAGAUUGGACUGCCUGCUCGCUUGUCAGGGCAAAGCCCUGUGCUCCCAGACGAGCUCAUGGAUCGGUUGGCAAAGAUACAGCAUGAAGCAUCCUCCAACUUGCAACAGCACUUUGACAAGGCUUCGUCAUCAGAACACAUUGAACCCCCCUUCAGGGAGGGAGACGAAGUGUAUGUUAGCACACACUUAUUACGAAAUGAAGAUGCGAAGUACCGCUCAAACAAACUCACACCACCAUACGAUGGUCCGUUCAAGAUUAAGAACGUUCUCGGUCCAGCGCAUUAUCGCGUGGACUUCUCACCAUUGAAAGUGCGCAUACACGAUGUCAUCAACACCAAGUUCCUGAAGAGAACGAAAGGCACCCGAUCUGUGCAUCGACCAGGUCCUUUGCAAGGGUUCAGCGAUGAUGUGUACGCAAUGGAACGAAUCCUGCGCCACAGAAAGCAUCGCGGUAGACUCGAGUACCUAGUGAAGUGGCUCGGCUAUCCGGAAUAUGAAGCAACAUACGUUCAGGCCAAAGACAUGAUUGGCUCACGAUGCAAACGCUUAUUGGCUGAAUAUCAACUUCAGACUGCCAAAGCAGAUGCUGCCAAAGAGCGCUCUCUCAAACGCAGGUCUCAGAAGAGCAACGCUCGACACAUAAGGUCAAAGACCUCAAAGCUAUACAGCAAGACCCUACUCUAA